AGAAAAUAAAUUUGGAAAAAAACAAACAUGUAAUGUUCAAGUUUUUGUUCGCUUGAUCAAUAAACUGAGGGAUUCUUCUUUGUUGAUGGAUUUUUUUGUCUCCAACAGGAAGAACAAAGAAGAAAUGAAAACGUCUUCCUGCCACAGCCCACACAGAAAGGCUGUUAAAAACACUGAAACUGCUAACAAAUUGUCCAUGCUGCUUCACAUCUAGUUCGACCAGCUGAGGAGGCAGACCAUGUAACAGCUCGUCAUCAUCACAGAGAUCAGACACAGAAAUGGACAUGAACACCACUGAGUUUGAGAAUCCUGGUGGUCAGAGCCACACCAACAGCACCUGCUCCAGGGACAACGUGUUGAAGACGGUGGUUUUCCCCGUUCUGUACUCCUGUCUUCUGCUGGUGGGGAUUUCACUCAACAGUGUGGCGGUGUGGGUGUUCUUCCGCAUCCCUUCACGGUCCCACUUCAUUAUUUACCUGAAGAACAUAGUGGUAGCAGAUGUUGUUAUGACUUUCACAUUCCCGUUUAAGGUAUUGUCAGACUCCAAAUUGGCAUCCGUCGGCCUGCGAAUAUUUGUGUGCCGAGUUUCAUCUGUGCUGUUUUACCUGACAAUGUACAUCAGCAUCCUCUUCUUCGGCCUCAUCAGCAUCGAUCGCUGCAGAAAGACCCUCAAUCCCUUCAGAGGCACUAACUCUGCCCGGCUGACGCGCAGGAAACUUCUGUCUGCGGCCAUUUGGAUCAUCCUGCUAUUCUUGUGCCUUCCCAACAUGAUUCUUACACGUAAAGCCCCGUCUUCUUCAAGUUUCACGUGCAGCGACUUGAAGACAAAGGCGGGACUGUUUUGGCACGAAGUGGUAAAUUAUGUGUGUCAAGUGAUUUUCUGGGGCAACCUGGCGACCGUCAUUGUAUGCUACACUCUGAUCACCAAGGAACUGUACAAAUCCUACGCUCGAACCAAUUCGCACUUCACUGGGGGGACCUCCACUGGAGAAACAUCUCGCAAACCCGUUCAGAACAAAAAAAAAUUGAGUGGAAAUGUCUUCCUGGUUCUCGGGGUGUUUAUUGUGUGCUUUGUGCCGUUUCAUUUUGCCAGAGUGCCCUACACGAUAAGCCAGACUCGCAAUGUUCUCUCCGCUUGCAAAAUCAAGCUUUUCUUCUUCCAGCUGAAGGAAAGCACUCUUUUCCUCUCAUCCCUAAACUCUAUACUUGACCCGCUCAUCUAUUUCUUCCUCUGCAAAUCCUUCCGGGACACUUUGUUCAAGACGCUGCAUCUGCCUCCUGGUACCUGCAGCUGGAUAACAGGGAGGGAGACAGAAACAAGCCAACAAAUGUCUACGUGUAAAUGAGAAAAAAAAAAAAAAAACUCCAAUCAUUUAGUCUUUUAUGACAAAGUUUUAUGUGACUUUAUAACAAAGUUAAUGUGAAAAAUAUCAAAGGUCAUCAUCACCCAUGGAGAACCGUCCAUGUUCACACUGCAUAGAUUUUUAUUUUGUUUUCAUACCACCAAACAUGUAUUUACAUAGUAACUGUUGCUUUAGAGAAGAAGUAUGAUGCUAGCAUUUGCUAAAAUAAAAAAUAAAAAAAUAAAAUU